AUGGCUGCGUCAACUGUCACGCUAUACAACAUUCUCGGAGUGGCUAAAGCGAGUGACGAUGUGCAAUUGCGUAUCACAUAUCGUGAACGAAUUCAUCAAUUCAAAGCCGAUCGACAGAAAACACCUGGAAAUCGUACGAUUACAGCUGAACAAUUUCGACAAAUUUGUCGUGCUUAUGAAAGAUUAUCCGAUCAUGAUAAACGGAAGCGAUAUGAUGAACGGCAAGAAUGGAUUUCGGAUUUAUAUGAAUCUAAAUAUACACUUCAACAAUUGGCAGUCGAACCUUAUCUUGAGUUGCAAUUGAAACAACGAUUACAAAAUAAUAUUCAAGAACAUAUUGAUGUACAAUAUCAUGUUCAACGGCAGACACUACUUCAUUGCGCAUGUAAAAAAGGUCAUUUUGAUCUUGCUAAAUGGCUCAUCGAAGCACGUUCAGCUAAACUCGAUCUGGUUGAUAUUAAUUUAAAUUCGGCUCUGCAUCUUGCUGCAUAUGGUGGACAUACAUCAAUUGUACAAUAUCUUCUCUAUCGAGGUGCUAACUCAACUCUAAUCAAUAAAUGGGGUAUGACAGCUGAACAAGAAGGCAUAGUUCAUGGUACUCGAAUCACAGGGUGUGGGUUAAAACAAUGA